UCCGAAUCUCUUUCUUUCUUUUCAAUUUUUCUUUUAACGGAAAACAAAAUUAAAAAAGAAAGAAAGAAAGAAAGAAAACCCUUGGUGUUGGCGCCGGCGGGAGGUAAUAGACAGUCAUCUGGUUGAUUUCUGGACCCUAGUUUCCACUUCCUUCUUCGAUUCCUUCCUCUUCCCCCCCUCUCUCUCUCUGCCCGCAACAAUCUUCUGCUUUUCUUUCUCUUCUCUACAUCCCUUAAGCUCCUUAGCUUCCCACAAACUUCAGUUCACUCCCUUAUGCAAACCACCUCCUUCAACCCACUCUCAAAUUCCCUUCAAUUUCCACCUCCAUGGAUUCUCUCCGAAACCCAUUUAGCUAAUACGCCCAGAUUCUCCUUUCGACCUCCAACGGUUACUACUUCUUUGAGAACUUGCUACAGAGCCGAUGAAGGCGUUGAUGAUGGACCCGGUCCAAGUUCGCCGGUUCGUUUGCCCCUUGUCCUUCGCCGCUCCGGUAGGGUUUCUCAGUACGUCUGGGAUGGGUUUUCUCUGCAGUUGGUCGGCUUUGAUGCUGGUGCUUCCUCUGUUUCUUUUGAUUUCGGCGAUGGGUUUCGAACUUUUUACAGAGCCUGUAGUUUAGCUGUUAAAGAUUUUUUUAUUCCUAAGAAUGUCAGUGAGCAUUAUGUAUUUUAUGUCAAAUGGAAGCUUUUGCAUCGGGUUUUCAGUUCCGCUCUGCAGGUCAUUGCUACUCAGGCAAUGUUUCGGGCGAUAGGAGUUGGGCACAGUCGUUCGCUAGCAUCUGCAGCAGCCCUUAAUUGGGUCCUGAAGGAUGGACUUGGACGGUUAAGUCGGUGCCUUUUCACUGCUAGCAUAGCAUCUGCGUUUGAUACAAAUUUGAAGAGAGUCAGGUUUUCGACAGCUGUUCUAUUCAGUUUAAGCAUUGGAGUUGAGUUGGUGACUCCGGCAUUUCCUCAGUACUUCUUGCUUCUUGCAUCGAUUGCAAACAUUGUGAAGCAAAUAAGUCUUGGAUGCUACUUAUCAACUGCCUCUGCUGUUCAUAGAAGUUUUGCUGUGGCAGAUAAUCUUGGUGAAGUUUCUGCUAAGGCACAGAUUCAAUCAGUGUGCUUUGACAAUCUUGGUCUUGUACUCGCGGCUUUUCUUAACUUCUUGUCCAAGAAUGAUCAAAGAUUGCAGGCAGCUUUACCUUUUGUAGUUUACCCCAUUUUUGCUGCAAUGGAUCUUUUUGGGACGUAUCAAGGGCUUAAACAUGUCCAUUUGCAAACACUAACAAAGGAUAGACUUGAGAUCAUAUUAAGUAAUUGGAUUGAGCGAGGAUAUGUACCAACACCUGCAGAAGUAAGUGAGAGGGAAGGAAUUGAUUUAUCAUGCAGACAAGGUAAGGAUUCAUGGCCAAUCAGAAUAGGUUGCUUGAAUCUGGAGUCUCAUGUACCCAAGCUGUCAAUUCUGGCUAUGAGAUCUGUAUGCAGCCAGGACUAUUAUUUUAUAUGCAUGGAUGCCUUCUGCAGGGGUUUAACUACAAAUACACAUGGUAUUCUUCUUUGUCUCCGCGAAGGGGCUCGUGCUGCAGAUAUCUGCAUGGGGUUAUUGCAGGCAUGUUAUAUCCGGAAAACAAUUCUAUCAAACAGAAGGAUUUGGGAAGAGGAAAUUGUGAAGGGCAAUGAGUUUUCAGAUGCAAUGGGUAAGGAAUGGAUUAAUUUGGUUGAGGAUAGCAAGAAAUAUGCAGAAGAAAAUGGUUGCUUUGUGCUUCAACAAAUGUCAAGCUUAGGAUGGGCAGUUAAGAACGUUCUGCUCAGUACAAAUGAACAAAUACGAUACAGCUUUGUUGAUGACCCAUGAUUAUGUUGUACCAAUCACAAAAUCAGUAGGCUGUGUUUGGAUGGGGGAGGGUAAUUCCCUACCUAAAGUUAUUAUUAAUUUGUUUCAUAGAUAAUUUUUUCUUUUACCCAUACGAGGACACUUUAAUCUAGGGAUAGACUUAGAAUUUGUUAGUUA